UGCGGUUGAGCAGAGUGAGCACUGAGUGUGUCAUCAACACAACUGACUGACUGACUGUCAGAGAGCGACAGAUGAAGCCACAAAAACCACAGGCUGCUGGAAAACCAUUGAGAAAACAAGCCAUUUGUCCCAGUGACCCGAGCUCACCCACUCACAGAGUCCUCCCAGUCCUGGUUAUCAAGCACGCUCAGCGUCACCGUGGUCCACGAGACGGAAGCGAAGAAUGAAAAGAGGAAGAUGAGGAUGAGGAGGCCGAGUGCGUAGUGAAGUAAAGAGGAGGACAGGACGACUCACAGACGACUGAGCAGAGAAACAGAACAAUGAUCGUGGUGUUUCUGCUCUGUGUCUUUGCAGGUGUGCCAACAGCAGGCCAAACUCUGGAUGUGUGUGCCACCUGCCACGUUAACGCCAGAUGUGAUGACAAGGCAGACGGCUCAGGCAAAGUUUGUAACUGCAAGUACGGGUUUGUUGGAAAUGGAAGAACAUACUGUCAAGAUAAAGAUGAGUGUCAGAUAGGAGCCAGUAGGAUCUGUGGGCAGCACACCACAUGCCACAACACAUAUGGCAGCUACUUCUGUAAGUGCCUGUCUGGCUACAGCCCUUCUAACAACAUGGACGUCUUCAUCCCAAAUGAUGGAACCCACUGCCAGGACAUUGACGAGUGUAGGAUCUCAGGGCAGUGUGGAGAGGGAGGUCAGUGCAGGAACAUGGAGGGCAGCUUUGAGUGCAGCUGUCAGCUGGGAUACCGAGUCCACAAUGGAGCCGAGCCUUUUCAUCCUGACACAGACAAGGCUUCCUGCAAAGUGGUUGACUGUGGCCAGCCUGCCUCAGUGGAGGACACGGUGCUGCUGUCCUUCACAGGAACCACAUACGGCAGCGAAGCCACAUUUGUCUGUGAUGAAGGCUUCAUUUGGGUGAGUGGAGACAACAUCUCUGUGUGUGGAGCUAAUGGACUGUGGAGAGGAUCAACUAUAGUCUGUGAAGAGGUUGACUGUGGCUCGCCCCCUGCCCUCCCUCACUCACAUAUGCUGUGGAAUAAGAGUUCAAGGAUUGGCACUGAGGUGGUUUAUCAGUGUAACUCUGGCUAUCAUAAUGUUGGAAAGGGAAAUGUCUCCAUUUGUACUGCUGCUGGACAGUGGGAAGAGCCGCCUGUGCUCUGCCAAGAGACUUUGUGUGGAAGUCCUCCUGUAAGUGAAUCCACUGAGCGUGUGUGGAACGGUAACACGGCUCCUGGCAGCACCGUGUUCUACUUCUGUAAAAAAGGCUUUUUUAGCAAAGGAGGACAUAAUGUAUCAGUCUGUAAUGAAAACGGUCAGUGGACACCCCCAGCUCUGUCAUGUCAAGAGAUAUCAUGUGGGGAUCCUCCAUUACUGCCACACACUGGGCAAGUGUGCAGUGGCAGCUCCACCCCUGGAAGCACAGUGACUUACUACUGUAAAAUAGGAUUUUAUCACAGUGAAGGAAAUAAUGUGUCAUUGUGCACAGCUGAUGGUCUCUGGACAAAGCCAAACAUCUCGUGCAAAGAGGUUCGAUGUGGUGCGCCCCCACCCAUCCCUCAUUCAGUCAUGCUGUGGGAUAAAAUUUCCACUGUGGGCUCUCAAGUUGUUUACCAGUGUAAAUCUGGAUAUCGCAGUGUUGGAGAGGGAAAUGUAUCAGUCUGUUCUGCCAGUGGAGAAUGGGAUGAGGCCUCUCUGCUCUGUCAAGAAAUCAACUGUCAGGAGCCUGUGUUUAAACCUCAUUCUAAAACACUAUGGGAUGGCACAUCGCACAUUGGCAGCGUGGUGUAUUACCAGUGUGAUGAAGGAUAUCACACCAGGGGCCUGAGAAACUCCUCAGUAUGUGGAGAGAAUGGACAGUGGGAGGAUAUUGAUCUAUGGUGUGAAGCUAAAUGUGGCCCGGUUCCCUUCCUUGCCAACUCAGAGGUGGUGUGGCAUAAACGAAGUGUAGUGAUCCACCGCUGUGUGGAGGGGUAUCACAGCUGGAGGGGCAGUAAUGUCUCUGUGUGUGGCGUCUCUGGGGUGUGGCAGGAAGCUACUUUGAGAUGUAUAGAAAUAAAGCCACCUAUCAAUCACCUGAAUAUUCUCAAUGAAAAAUGUUUGCAUUGGAAAGCAGAGAAGUACGAGGAGGAUACAGAAGAUUACAAGGUGACGUACGUAGGAUCCAGAGACUACCAGAGAUCUUUUCAUGAUAAGAGGAAGCGGCUUCUGAGCUCCAAGGCCGACCAGCUGGAGCUCUGUCUCAACCUGCUUCCAGUCACAAACUACAGCAUCUCCAUCACUGCAGUAUCUGCCAGAUUCACAGCCACCAUCACCACUAACACCAGUUUACCAGUACCUCCAGCACCAGUUGUUUACUACAGAGAAUUUGAGACUCCAAUACCAACUUUGAGGCUACGCAGAUCAGCCAACACACUGGACCCAAUAAGCUUGUACCAAGUGUUUGUGCUUCCUAUAGAGGAGAUCAUGCUGUUUGAUUGUUCCAGUCCUGGACGCCCAGACCCCUCAAGAAAAAGCAAAUCCUCAUCAGAGUACAUAACUGCUCAGAUCCGCCUCACACAGGUCGGGACAGAGAUGAACUUUACUGUUGGGGAUGGACUCUACUAUGGAGGCUUCUAUAAUGCACCACUGGAGAAUGGCAGGAACUAUUAUAUCAUCUUACGAGCUGUCAGUCACUGGAAAACAGCUUUAAAAAGUUCCUGUGUCCUGUGGGCUAAAAUAGGAGGUACGUCCUAUGUCCUGAAGGUUUCAUCGCUGUCAGCUGCUGCGUCAGUAGGACUGGUGGCCUUGGCCAUUUUGGUUGGAUACAGUUGCAUCUGGUUUUUCAAGAGGACAUGACACCCUUCAAUGCUUGAUGAUCUAUGAAAUACAUGUCUUGAUUUUCUACUCAUAAUUUUGUACAUUUUGUAAAUAAUAAUAAUAGUAAACCUUGUCUCUGCCUUUAGCAGCAAUGCUGUCUGAAGUGCAUCAAUCUCUAUGUGUGACAUAAAUCCUCCUCACUGCCUCACAUACAACAUGCGAGGCAGUAAGAUCACAUUUACACACAUGGUUAUGUCAGAGACAGUUUAGGCUUUGAUAUUAAUAAAGAGCAGACCUGACCAAACUUAAA